AUGGGGGCUGCAAGGAAAAUUCUUGGCAUCGACAUUCUUAGAGAUAGAGGAAAAGGACAGAUGGUUUUAGCUCAGAGACAAUACUUGGAUUUUGUGAUUCAGAAAUUUAAUAUGACAACUGCUAAGAAUGUGGUUGUUCCUUUAGGUGGUCAUUUGAUUUGUCAACAGACCAAUCACCUAAAACUGAAGUCGAGGAAGAAUUCAUGUGAAGAGAAUUGGAAGGGGCUCAAGUGGCUAUUAAGGUAUCUAAUGUCUACUUUAAAGCAUGGUUUAAUAUUUAAAAAGACUAAUAGACAGAUUCAUCUUGAGGGAUAUGUUGAUGCUGAUUAUGCAUCAAAUAAGGACACUAGGAAAUCUCUAACUUCCUAUUGUUUCCUUCUAAAUGAUUGUUGUAUCACUUGGAAGUCUCAACUUCAGCCUAUUGUGGCAUUGUCUACCACAGAAGCUGAAUUUAUGGCUACAACAGAGGCCUUCAAAGAAGCAAUAUGGCUUAAAGGUGUACUUGAAGACUCAAAGCAUUAA